UAAUACGAAGCUUUUAUUCAGAGAUUCUUUGUAAAUAACAAGUAUUCACUACUUAAUAUUUAGCUACUUCCAAUAAUUUAAUUCAGGUGUAAAUCUUAUACGUUAAAUAUGCCUAAGAAGAAAACUGGACAGAGAAAAAAAGCGGAGAAGAUGAGGGCCCGACAAAAAGGAAUAAGGUCAGCAAAGGACAAUUUGUCUUUGGCUAAACAUCCUUGUAAUGCAACAAUGCAAAAAAAUCGGGCUUUUUGUUAUUUUUGUCAAAAUUUACAGCGUUUGCCUCAAUGUGCUAGCUGUGGUAAAAUUAAAUGUCUUAUGAAGUCAGGAGAUUGUGUUGUUAAGCAUCCAGGUGUCUAUACAACUGGAAUGGGACUAGUGGGUGCUAUUUGUGAUUUUUGUGAAGCAUGGGUAUGUCAUGGUCGAAAAUGUCUUACAACUCAUGCCUGUGUUUGUCCUCUACAAGAUGCAAAUUGUGCAGAAUGUGAACGUGGAACAUGGGAUCAUGGUGGUCGUAUAUUCAUGUGCUCUUAUUGUUCAGCAUAUCUUUGUGAAGAUGAUCAAUUUGAGCACCAAGCUUCAUGUCAAGUUUUGGAUUCAGAAAAUUAUAAAUGCCAAUCAUGCAAUAAAUUAGGACAGUACAGUUGUUUGAAGUGUAAGGUAUGUUUCUGUGAUGAACACAUUAGAUGUAAACGUUUCAAGUAUUCUGAAAAAGAUAGAAAUUAUCCAUGUCCAAAGUGUUCUUAUCCAACAGCUGAAGUCAGUGAUCUAUCAUUAUCUUCUCGUAAUCAUAAAUAUGGCCGACAAACAUAUGAAGAAGGAGAUGAUGAUGAUGAUGAUGAUUCUUAUGCUUAUGGAGCUGGAAGUUCUGGAGGAAACUAUGGAGGAUAUACUUAUGAUGAAGCUGAAUAUAGUGAUGAUGUUGAUGAUGAUGAUGAUGAUGAUGAUGAUGAUGAUUACUCUUCAGAAGAAGAUGAUGAUGAUGACGAUGAUGAAGAUGAUGAAGAAGGUGACAAAAACAAAGCAAAAAUAAAAAAAUAAAUUAUUAAAUUUUUAAUAGUGUUCAUAUUAAAAAAAUAAAAUUCAUUAAUUCUAUUAUUUAUUAAUCUAUAUCUAUCAUCUGUCUCAAACUUCAUCAUAAUUCAGUCUGUUGUCUUAACCUUAGCCUAUACUCCUGUAGUUUCUUUUCACAAAUGUGUUCUGCAGUAUAACUGUUGAUACUUGCCUAAUUGAUUUCUGAAGCCAUCGAGAAUAAAAUUAACAUGUAUUAAUAUCUACCCCAUUAUAAUUGUCUGUUUUACUACACAGUGCAGACUACAUUGGUUUGGUCAUGCUAAACAAAAAUUUGCCCUUGAAAAAUAGA